AUGUUAUCUACCGAUCGAUUUGCCACGCCUCCGAAUAUGACCUCCGAAAUCGAUCGCCACUUACAUGACGUGGGUGUUGCGGCUCUUGCUGCUGUGUCCCACUACCCGCGUGUCGUGGAUAAUGCGUACAGUGACUCCUUUAUGGUGUCGGAAGUUGUUCACGCUGUUACAAGUGCUAGUAGUACUCUGGAUUAUCGACAUUUGGACUCGGCGGGUUCGUUGCUGCCGGGAAACAGGGGUCAUUUUCAACAAUCUGGAAUGAGAGGUGUCCCUUCGGCUGGACCAGCGUUUGUCUUUGGCGCGAAUCCGAGUGGCGAUGUGGACAUGGAAACGAUUGUCCGGGGUUUGAUUCAUCGCACCGCCGGCCGGCAAGAUAUCGCCACCGCACCAGACAGCGACAUCGAGGAUGCUCCGGAGGUUAUGGUGAGGGAUUACGAGUCAGCUACUAUGGAAGAUAACCCGUCGCCCCUGUCGACGUCCGAUGAUGAACUUGAAGACUUUCUUCGGUUCUAUCCGGAUGAAGAGGAGUAUUACUACCAGCGCAAGGACCGCACGGCGCAUGAAGCUGAAAUGCCGGACUGCAAUCUAGACGAUUUUUAUAAAACUAUCAGCUAUGACGAUAUUCAUGUGGAUCUUGCCCAAACAAUGAGUUUGUCUGCAACCGAACCUUUAGGGAACUUCACCGACGAUCAAAUGGAAUUCGCCGGACCACAUCCCGCAUCUAUAAUCCACACAUCCACGUAUGAGCGAAAUUUCACUAUUGAUGAAUUCAUUCGGCACUGGAUGGUCUCAAUUAACGUCAUACCCCGUGGUUUCCAUUCUGAAAGUCGAAUUCCACCGCAACUCCGCCCGUUUUCAAAAAUGAUUAGCUGGAAACCACCACAGGUGGUUGAUCGGCCCUCUGGAUGGAGAUGCGAUUUCUAUGAUCUGCAGCAGAUCCCAUGGACGGAAAUUUUACGGGUGACACGGCCCGAUGCACGAGCCGUGCGCGACGCCUGGUAUACCUCCUAUCACAACUUGAACUACUCGCGCAUCAACCAUGCAGAGCGCCUUCCACAAUCUGAAACUUUUUUCCGCGAGAGAUCCAUGCACACUUCGCACACAGCAUCUAUCGAGCACUUCCAACUCCGCAAUCUGAUGUCGACUCCUGCAUCCAACACCGUCCAUUUCGCUUCCCGCUCAAAAGUAUUCUCCUGGACCCCAACAACCGGGGAUGCACGCUGUAUAAUCGACAUGAGCCAACCAGACCUAGAAUCCGGCUUCCUCGGACCCGUCAAAAUCUCAACCAUGAAAACAGCCCACGGCCUCACAAUCGCAGGGGGCUUCUGCGGCGAAUACGCCCUACGUAGCACCGGCGGAUCCAACCCUAGCAUAAGGGGCCUCGUAACCCCCGACUUCAACGACGGCAUCACCAAUCACGUCGACAUAAUUCCCAACCGAACCGGCCCCUCCCCAAGAGGCGUCUUCGCCUCCAACGACAAACACAUUCGCAUUCUCGACACAGAAACAAACGUCUUCAUCUACGACCAAGAACUCUCCCAACCAAUCAACUGCACCGCCACAUCCCCCGAUACUCGUCUGCGCGUCGUAAUUGGUGAUUCCCCAGAUGCAUGGGUCAUCGAAGCCGAUACAGGCCGUCCAGUCCACGCCCUCCGCGGCCACCGUGAUUUCGGCUUCGCUUGCGCCUGGUCACCAGAUAUGCGCCACAUCGCAACAUCCAAUCAAGACAAAACAGUCAUCAUCUGGGACGCGCGCACCUGGCGUCCGCUUGAGACUAUCGUAUCCGACGUCGCGGGAUACCGCUCCCUACGCUUUUCACCCGUCGGCGGUGGCCCACGUACUCUCCUCUGCACCGAGCCUGCGGAUCGCAUUUCUAUUGUCGAUGCCCAGCUCUUCCGCUCAAGACAGGUGCAUGAUUUCUUUGGUGAGAUUGGUGGUGCGGAUUAUGCGCCUGAUGGUGCUGAAAUUUGGGUUGCUAAUACGGAUCGUCAUUUUGGUGGGUUCAUGCAGUUUCAGCGCGGACAGUGGGGGCAGCGGGUUGGGCUGACGGAUUUGCCAUGUGAGUGGGUUACCGAGGAGGAAUCGGAGGUGGACUCGAGGUGUCUGUUGAGUAAGAGGGAGAGGGGUCUGCGGUUUCUGAGGAAUUUAUCGGAUGAGGAGCAUGAUGAGUUGAUUCUUUGA